UUAUAUGAGCACAAUAGCCUUUGACAAAAGCUCUAUCUAUCCUUCAAUGGAUUCCUUCUCCACCAACCCAAAAAUGAUAAUAAUCUGAAUUCAGUAUUUAAAUGAAGCAGAGGUUUGAGAAACCAAUAUGAAACAGAUGAAGAUGGAUAAAAAUUCAGCUUCUAGCAUGCUUGGUACCAGUAAAUCUUCUCAUACAAUCUCCAAGUCUGGUUGUAGUGAAGGAGCAAGCAGAUUCUCACAGCAGAAGAACAAUAGCAGUCCUCCAUUGAUUCGUGUUGUGCAUGUUUAUGAGCCAGAGAUAAUCAAGACAGACCCUGAAAAUUUCAGGUCUCUGGUUCAGAAGCUCACAGGGAAAUCUACAGAGGAGAAAGAGGAAUCAGAAAUCUGUGAAGAGAAUUCCAAAAUAUGCACAGAAAUUUGUGAGGAGAAUCAUAAAAAUCCAAGCUUUGGUGGUUUCUCUCAAGGAUUGAACAACUUGGGUAUGCUUUUUCCUGGUCUGAUUCAUCGAGGAUCAGUCACUGAGAUCCCUCUAGUGAAGAAUACUUCUCCAUUCUGUAACAGCUAUGAUCGAAGUGAUGGUUGCAGAUUAGCUGAAACUGAGCAUGAGUAAGAUUUUUCUCCUCAAGUGGGUCCUUUAUUUUAUCCUUCAACAUUGUAAAAUCUCUAGGAUUGAGCUUUUUUUUGUUAUAAAUUGUUGAAAGGCUGUUGUGGUAUAGUUCUUGAUCUGUAUGAGUAAAUAUAAGCCUUUGGCAGGGUAUUGUA